AUCAAGCCUGGUUUGAAUGGUUAGUGAAGGUGGUUAUAUCUUUUGUCAUUAGGGAUUAAAUUUUAGAUUUUCUUCUUAUGUGUCUCACUAAGAUGGAUUUUUUUUUGGUUGGUGACGUACUUAUCAACAGCAAGAUGUCUAUGAUGAUUUUAUCAAUAUUCAUAUUUUCGGUCUUUAGCAGGUGUUGCAUCGGUGUGUAAAAAAAUCAGACACACGAUGCACGCUGCUCCGAGAUUAAUGAGAUCGGCUACCGAGUGCGCCAGGGAACAGCCCAGCCCAGCCCAGCCCAUUCGAUGAAGGAUGCUGCUCAAGUUGCAGCGUUAAGGCCCCGUCACGUCCGAACAGCCUUUCUAGUCUUCCAAAACGGUUCUGCCGAGCGCUGUGCCUGUCUCUCCUCCUCCGCCGCCGCCGUUCACCUCGCCGCCCUUGAGGCACUUUUCCAAACACUAAGGAGGUUUUGUAUUGUGUGCAUAAAACACAGUUUAUGAACACUUCACUAGCCAUGUCCAGUAUUUAUGAGGAGGAACCACCUACAGAGGUUUCCGCUGAUCCUUUAUGUUCAAGGAACAGCAUUGAUGAGGAUGAUGACUGGGUAAUAGUCAAGAAACAGCGUAUCACCGUAUUAAUUCCUCCACCAUCACCUGAUGCUGCAAGCCCUCAAGAAGAUAGGCCCAAACUAAGUUCUAAACAGUCUAGCUUAACAAAGAGCAAAAGAGACUCAGAUGCUACUAGAAAGAAGCACCCAAAGCAGAUGACUGCCAAUACAUCUCAGAACCCCCCUCCAGAGGAUGUCAAUAGCGAGAAAGCUCAAGUAAACCAUUCUGAAAGUUUAGUCCAUAUAGAUGUUUCAAGGAUGAAGAGUGAGAUAUCACCGCACAGUCCUACUGCUGCUGUUGUAAAAUCAGAAUGGAUUAUGGGUUCAGGUCUUGCUGUUCAAGGAUUGUUUCAUCAAGGCAGUGAGAAAGUGACAAGUUCCUUUGGAAACAUGGAUAAGCCAAGGAUGCCAAUUGUUUCGUCCCAUGUUGCGAAUAAGAUAAUGAGAGCACGGCUUCUUAAGAGACGGGUUGCUGGUUUUGGCGGACUGAGGAAUUGGCUUUUCGAUUGUGGUCUUGGAUGGUUUGUCGACAUAUUGGACAGUGAAAAGCUUGGGAUGUAUCAGCUAGUCUCCCUUACAAUGAACCAGCUGAAAGAGAUGGGCCUUGUCGCUGUAGGUCCACGGAGAAAACUGAUCCAUGCCAUCGACAGUCUCUGCCGCCCACACCAGGUUGAGAUGAUUUCUUGAUCCCCAGCGCACUUUAGUCGGUUAGAGAUUUCCAAAGCUACAACAUUUUAACAGCCUUUCAUUCUGUAAGAGCUGAUAACUUUGUUGGACGUGUUGGGUCUCUUCCCAGACAACUCUGAGAUGUCUCGGUGGGAAGUCACAUAAUUGUACAACUGCUGUGCUUUGAGCUGCAAGCAUUCCUGCGGUCUGCAAUUCGAGGACCUGACUCAUGAAACGAACUUGAGUCAGGACCAAAGACACACAGACAUGCACGGGUGCUAGAGUCUGUGCUAAAUAGUUUAAUAAAGUUUAACAAAAAAGUACCUAAAAAAAGAAAAGUUUAAUUAG